GUCCUCAAGCUGCUCAGCCACCCCAACGUCAUCGAGUACUACGAGAACUUCCUGGAGGACAAGGCGCUCAUGAUUGCCAUGGAGUACGCCCCAGGGGGCACGCUGGCAGAGUUCAUCCACAAGCGCUGUAACUCCCUGCUGGAUGAGGACACCAUCCUGCACUUCUUCGUGCAGAUCCUCCUGGCUCUGCACCACGUCCACACCAAGCAGAUCCUGCACCGUGACCUGAAGACUCAGAACAUCCUCCUGGAUAAACAUCGCAUGAUUGUCAAGAUUGGAGACUUUGGUAUCUCCAAAAUCUUGAGCAGCAAGAGUAAAGCCUACACGGUUGUGGGAACUCCGUGCUACAUCUCCCCGGAGCUCUGUGAAGGGAAACCUUACAACCAGAAGAGUGAUAUCUGGGCUCUGGGCUGUGUGCUCUACGAACUCGCCAGCCUCAAGAGGGCCUUUGAAGCUGCGAAUCUUCCUGCCUUAGUCCUGAAGAUUAUGAGUGGGACGUUUGCCCCAAUAUCAGACAGAUACAGCCCUGACCUGCGCCAGCUCAUCCUCAGCAUGCUGAACCUGGAUCCCUCCAAGAGGCCCCAGCUGAAUGAGAUCAUGGCCCAGGCCAUCUGCGUUCGGCCCCUCCUCAACCUCUACACUGACGUGGGCAGUGUCAAAAUGAGAAGGCCUGAAAAGCCCGUGGCUCCAGUGCCGACAGUGACCCAUGGCCGGACCGGGGGACGAGUGAGCAGUGCCAGGCCCAGGGGUGUCCGAGGAGGCUCAGCCAGGACAGGAAUCCCUCCUCCUUUGUCCUCCAUCUACACGUGGGGCAGCGGGAUCACGGCCCCGCUGCGCCUGCCCAUGCUCAACACCGAGGUGGUGCAGGUGUCUGCAGGCAGGACACAGAAGGCUGGGGUCACCAAAUCGGGGAGGCUUAUCAUGUGGGAGGCUCCCCCGAUGGGUGCUGCAGGAGGCCCUUCUCUCCCAGGAGCCACCGAGCAGCUCCAGCCUCAGUUUGUGUCCCGCUUUCUGGAGGGCCAGUCUGGUGUGACCAUCAAACAUGUGUCCUGUGGUGAUCUCUUCACAGCCUGCCUCACAGACAGGGGGAUAAUCAUGACUUUUGGCAGCGGCAGCAACGGCUGUUUGGGGCACGGGAACUUCACAGACAUUAGCCAGCCCAAGAUCGUGGAGGCCCUGCUGGGCUACGAGAUGGUGCAGGUGGCCUGUGGCGCGUCUCACGUCCUGGCGGUUUCCAAUGAACGGGAAGUGUUUGCCUGGGGCAGGGGGGAUAAUGGUCGGCUGGGGCUGGGUACUCUGGAGUGCCACAACUGCCCCCAGCAGGUCCCAGUCCCUCUGGAGCACGAGGCUCACAGGGUCAUCUGCGGCAUCGAUUCCUCCAUGGUUCUCACUGUGAAGAACCAGAUUCUUGCUUGCGGGAGCAACAGGUGUAACAAGCUGGGCCUCGACCGGAUCAGCUCAGCAGAGGAGCCUUCCCCAGAGGACCAGGUGGAAGAGGCCACCGUGUUCACGUGUGCCCAGUCGUCCCCCUUGAACCAAGAGCCAAUCGUGUGCGCCGACAUCGGCACAGCACACUCGGCUGCAGUCACAGCUUCUGGCCAGUGUUACACCUUUGGGAGCAACCAGCAUGGGCAGUUGGGCACCAACUCCUGCCGCAACAGCCGUGUACCCCACCUGGUUGUGGGGCUCCAGGCCAUGAAGGUCAGCGUGGUGGCUUGUGGGGAUGCCUUCACUGUGGCCAUCACAGCAGAUGGUGAGGUGUGCACCUGGGGGAAAGGAGCCAGGGGACGCCUGGGCAGGAAGGACGAGGAAACGGGAACACCGAGGCCAGUGCAGCUGGAGGAGACACAUCCAUACGUGGUGACCUCUGUAGCCUGCUGCCACGGGAACACACUGCUGGCUGUAAAGCCUGCUGUAGAAGAGUCACCUUCCCAGUGA